AUGAAAUAUAUGUUAUUGGCUUUGGUGCUAGUAAUGGCACUAGGUACAUCAAGCGAGGAAAACGUAUUACAAUUGUUGGCUGAGUUAAAGCACAACGCCGAAUUAGAAUUAGAGGGAUUAGAGCUAGCUUGGCAAAGAAGAAUUGGUGAGAAAUAGAGUGUUGCUGAUUCUCUUAAUCAAUCUGUGUUCAAUUAAAGAGCUGAGUGCCAAAACAAAGAAGAUGACAUAGCUUAAAAGCAAAGUGAUAUAUUGGCUAGUGAGAGUUUCAUCAAUUGGAUGAGUGGAAGAUAAAAGUCAAAUACAAAGAAAAUUGGAGUGUUGGAAGCAAGCAUAUGUGCAUUAACAAACAAUUAUGUGAAUGACAUAAGAAAUUUCAGGUAUGCCUUGGCCUUAGUGAAGUUUUUGAGAGAAGAACUGGCAUAAUUGGAAGCAGGAGCAUCAUCCUUAGCCUAAGUGACAUAAUUCCACGAUAGAGUUAGCAAAUUCGUUAAGCUAUAUCGUAGUGGACAAUUAGUCAAUUUAAUGGAAAAGAUCGAUGAUAAAUCAGAUCUCAUUGUUCCUGAGAUUGAAUAAGGCACUUUUGAUGAAAUUUCACUUAUCCAAAGAAUCAGACCAAAGGCAUUGACCUAAUUGGACUAGGCUGCUGAUGAUGAUGAUAAGGCUAACAAUGCAGUUGUUCUUAUUCCAGGUUGUGAUAAUUAAAUUGGAACCGUUGUUGUUGUUUAAAAUGAUGAUGGAACAACUGAUUCUGGAGAUCUCAAUGUUAAAAUCACAAAUGGAGGUGGAGUAAGUACAAAACCAACUGGUGGUAAAUCAGGAUCUGGUUCUGGUUCUGGUUCUCCACAAAUUCACAAGGAUCCAAUAUCAAAGAAGGAAGAAACAAAUCAUUAGGAAGAACAUGUCAAUUCAGGUGAUUCAGAUGAUUCAGAUGAUUAAGGUGAUUCUGGAGAUAAUCAAGAUGCUGGUGAUAAUAAUGAUUCUGAUAAUUCUGAUGAUACUAAACACUCUGAUGAUACUACUCACUCAGAUGAUGGUGAUAAUACCAGUGAUGAAGAUCAUCCUCAAAUUGUUAUUGAUGAUAAAUAACCAGAUCAUCAUGUUGAUGAACAACCCAAUAUUGCUGUUCCUACCAAGGAUCCUCAUGGAACUGGAGCUGUUGUUCCACCUGGAGAAGAAGAAUUUGCAGACAAUUGGGAAGGAUUCAGAAAAUUGUUAGAUGCUAUUGAAAAUCACACCAAAAAAUCUUUAGAGACUGGAGCCAAUGAUGAAGUGAGAUCCAAUUUAGGAUUCAUUGAUUUCAAAUUACACAUCGAAUUGGAAAAUCAAUUCUUUGAUAAAACUAUCUAAUAUGAAAAAGAUUAUUUGGUUAAAUAAGUGAACUAAUUAACUGGUAGAAGACAAGCAUCCAUAUUAUGUGGAGCUAGAUUAAAGUAGAUUACAGUGGCUCAUUAGGUUGCUUUGAAAGAUAUCGAUGCUGCUAAAUAAUUCUAUGAAGAACAAAGAAAGUUGAAGCAAGAAGAAGUCAAUACCUUUGAUGAUGUCUAUCGCAUCUAUACCACAUAAGUGAAUCAUUGAUAAAUCUAUAUUAUUUGGAUCAAAAUUAUAUUACAAAAUAUAAAUUACUCCUCAA